AACCUACUACACCACUGAAGCAAGGUGCAUCCGGUUCGGCCGGAGAACAAUCAGUCUUUCACAAGCGAACAUACGUAUUGGUGGUGAUACAAAUCAACCGGGAAAACACAAAAAAAAAAGGCCAAGGAAGGCAUUUUACUUUGUCAGUAACUCACAACUCCGCAUAUUAACAGGAUUUCCUAGUCAUUCUUUGCUAAGCAAAACUCUGCAAUCGGAUCACAUGCAGUCAUCCAUUGAGAAGCUUUACGUAACCCACCAAGGGACUCAGGAGGCUGUGACUGAUCGUUGAAUGAACACAAACAUGCCAAGACGUGGCAAGAGGCUGGGCCAAGAGAUUGUUGCCAACAGACUGUAGUGUUUCGACGACGCAGACCUUGUGUACUCCGUAGAUUUUUGAGUAAAGAAAGCAAAGAGAAGACUAGUUCUAGACAAGGCCCAAAAUGCACGCCAGCGUCGGCAACAAAUGCCGGUAAACGCAUCAGCACUAGGCUGGAUCUCAAUGCGGCACCAACGGACCGGGAAUUUCAAAGUCGCAACCAAGGUCGUCGGGUUUCGCUGGUGAGCCUACGGUCGUACUUUGUAACGACGGUAGGUAGGUAAGCUUCCACCAACGUACCUAUAGAAUCAAAAAGAAAAACACAAAUCAGACAGCCCGGUCCAAAAAAUGUCGGGCACCACCCACAUCCAUGCAAGAGGCUCGACGGUUUCGUCGGGCUCUUGGGAUGAGCCAAGGCAAAAACCUGUGGCUCCUAGCGUCCGCCACGUGCAGUGGUUCGUUCGCUGGAGAAGGAGAGGAACCCGCAGACCCGACAAGAAGGAGACUCCUCCUCCCGUGGCGCUGCACCUCUCUUUUUUGCUCGGUGCGGGCCCCACCGUGCGCUAGUCGGUGCCCACUGGGAAAACGCAGUGGCCCCAUGCUAUGCCUAUUAAAACUCUUUGGCUUUUCCCCCUCGGGC